AUGGCGGCAGAAUCAAGCAAGAAGCAUGCCCGCGCCGACAGCAAAACUCACGAAGACUAUAUGCAAGUCGAGAACGCGCUCAAGCAUCCAUCCACGAAACGCGCGAAACAGAUCGACUCCGACACGCCUUUCAAUCAGCUUCAUGACAUUCUAGAAAAGACACGCAAGGACGUGAAGCCUCGCAAUGUCCUGCAUUGGUUCCGAUCGAAGGACCUCAGACAAGAGGACAACAAGGGUCUGCAUGCUGCCUCGCAGAAAGCAAAGGAGGGCAGCGGAGGCCUUCUCACCAUCAAGCAGAUCCCGCUCGCGAUAGUAACUGCGCCGGACAGAGGCACGAAGAGUGACAAGGUCCUGGAGUUCGUGAAGCAGAACGACGUUUCCCACAUCUACGCCGACAUGGAGUACGAAGUGGCCGAGCUGCGACGUGACAUAGACCUCGCGAAGAAGGUGCAGGGGGAGAAGGACCUCUCGCUCGACGUUCUGCAUGAUCAGACCGUGGUCGUCCCCGGUGCCCUGAGAACGGGCUCCGGGGGCCCUCACAAGCUUUUCACUCCGUACCACAAGAUGUGGCUCUCCGUCACGAAGGACGACUCGAGCUUGCUUGAGACGGUGCCGCCACCUGAGGGUAAUGAUAAGAGCGUGUCAAAGCAGUUCCAUAAGCUGUUCGACACCGAGAUCCCCGAGCUGCCCGAAAGCAAGCAGUUUCCGAGCAAGGAAGAGCGGGAACGUAUACGAAGUCUCUGGCCUGCAGGCAAUGAGGCAGGGAUGGGCCGUCUGAAACACUUUUUGCACGACAAAGUCGCCACGUACAGUGCACAUCGCUCCGAGCCCGCAUACGACGCCACGAGCAGGUUAUCUCCGUACUUCUCCUCCGGCAUCGUCAGCGUACGGGAGGUUCUACCCGAGACGAAGAAGUUCAACCAGGGCAAGCAUUUCGACGAAGGUGACAGAGGCGUCGACAGUUGGGUCCGCGAGAUUGUGUUCCGCGAGUUCUACCGCCAGGUGCUGGCCAUCACGCCGCACACGUCGGUGAACCUGCCGCAGAACCUGCAGUUCGACUUCGUCGAGUGGGAAGACGACGAGGAGGGCUGGAAGAAGUGGUGCGAAGGCCGGACCGGCGUGCCGUUCGUCGACGCCGGGAUGCGCCAGAUCAACCACGAGGCCUACAUGCGCAACCGCCUGCGGAUGAACACGUCGUCGUACCUCCGCGCGAACCUGCUGAUUGACUACCGCAAGGGCGAGCGCUACUUCGCCGAACAUCUCGUCGACUGGGAUCUGAGCAACAACACGCAGGGCUGGGAGCCUUCGUACACCGUCUUCAACCCCGUCUCGCAGGGCAAGAAAUGCGACAAGGACGGCGACUACAUCCGCAAGUGGGUGCCGGAGCUUGAGAGUGUCAAGGGUGAUGCCAUCUUCGAGCCCCAUGCGAAGUUGUCCAAGGCGGAAUUCGAGAAACUGGGAUAUCCGUAUCCGCAUGUCGACUAUGCUGAGAGCUCCCGGAGAGCGAAGGCCAGGUACAAGCAGGAUCUAGCUAACGCUGAUCCUUGA